AUGCAUAUCCGAGAGAAGCUUGCCAAAAAUGAGGCAGAGGGAAAGACUGGAAUCUCCUUCGAGUUCUUCCCUCCCAAAACGGCCCAGGGUGUACAGAAUCUUUAUGACCGGAUGGACCGCAUGCAUGGGUUGGGUCCUUCAUUCAUCGAUAUCACCUGGGGUGCUGGCGGUCGCUUGUCGGAUCUGACUUGCGAAAUGGUCAGCGUAGCACAGUCGGUAUAUGGCUUAGAGACCUGCAUGCACUUGACUUGCACAGACAUGCCGCUGGAGAAAGUUGACCAAGCGCUUCAAGCCGCCUACAAAGCUGGCUGCACCAAUAUCUUGGCUCUUCGAGGAGACCCACCGCGAGACAAGGAGACAUGGGAGGCUGCGGAAAAUGGGUUCUGCUAUGCGAAGGAUCUGGUCAAAUACAUCCGGAACAAGUACGGCAAUCACUUUGAUAUUGGUGUGGGCGGCUAUCCCGAGGGCGCCGAUGACAACGCCGAUGUUGACCAAUUAAUCGACCACUUGAAGGAGAAGGUCGAUGCGGGUAGCUCUUUUGUGGUCACUCAGAUGUUUUACGAUGCGGACAACUUCAUCGAGUGGGUGAAGAAGUGCCGAGCCAAGGGCAUCACCGUUCCCAUCAUCCCCGGCAUCAUGCCCAUUCAGACAUACGCUUCUUUCAUUCGUCGGUCCAGCUGGACUAAGGUUCACGUGCCUCCUCAGUGGAUGGAAGCCCUUGAGCCGGUCAAGAACGACGAUUCCGCAGUUCGAGAAAUCGGAAAAACUCUGAUCGCCAAUAUGUGCAGACAGCUAAUCGCAGCUGGUAUCAAGCACCUGCAUUUCUAUACCAUGAACCUGGCUCAGGCGACCCAGUUGGUUCUAAAAGAGCUUGACCUUUCCCCGUCGGAAGAGUCCCCAAUUCAACGCGCGCUGCCCUGGCGGCCCUCCCUUGGCCUUGGCCGACGGACAGAAGAUGUGCGACCAGUGUUCUGGCGCAAUCGAAACUCUUCAUACGUUGCUCGUACCCAGACAUGGGACGAGUACCCUAACGGUCGCUGGACCGACUCUCGUUCACCCGCAUUUGGUGAACUCGACGCUUACGGUGUGGGCCUGAAGGGUACAAACGAGCAGAACAUCAAACUGUGGGGCGAGCCAAAAUCGGUUAAGGAUAUCUCAGACAUCUUUGUGGAUUUCUUGACCGGCAAGCUUGACCGACUGCCGUGGAGUGACUCGCCAAUCACAACAGAAGCCCAUGAGAUCCAGGAGGACUUGCUCAAGCUCAACCAGCGGGGAUUCCUGACAAUCAACUCACAGCCCGCUGUCAAUGGAGUCAAGUCAUCUCAUCCUGUGUAUGGAUGGGGUCCGAAGAACGGUUUUGUCUACCAAAAAGCCUAUCUUGAGCUUCUGGUCCCCUCCAGCUUGAUCGAUGAGCUCAUCACUCGCAUCGAGAAGAACGAUGACUUGACCUACCACGCCACCAACAAGAAGGGCGAGCUCAAGACCAACACGCGUGACAGCCCGAACGCCCUGACAUGGGGUAUCUUCGCUGGCCGCGAGAUCAUCCAGCCGACAAUUGUCGAGACAGUCAGUUUCUUGGCCUGGAAGGAUGAGGCAUACCUCUUGGGCGAGCACUGGUCCAAGUGUUAUGACGCAGCCAGCCCUAGUCGCAAGCUGAUUCAGCAGGUGAUGGACGACUGGUAUCUCGUCAACAUCGUCGAUAACGACUUCCACAGAUCUAACGCUGUCUUCGAAUUAUUCAAUGGCCUCGAGAUCAAAGGUCUCAAUGUCGAGGUCGACGGAAAGCCAUUGACCAACGGCCACGCCGAACAAAAUGGCGUUGCUGCCAACUAA